AUGGUUCAGCUACGCUCAGCCAAAUCCACGUCGCCCGGUGGUGAUAAGGGGGCUGCUGCAAGCCAGGGUAACUCCACGCCACGUGGCGCAGGUCGUUCCAAGCCUGGCUCUGCUGCUGCCACCCCCACACCCAGCCGGAAAACUCGAGCCGCUGCUCAGACCCCCAAGACCCCAAAGACCCCAAAGACCCCAAAGACCCCAAAGACCCCAAAGACCCCGAGAACUCCUCGAUCAAAGCAGGCACUCACUCCUCAGAACAACCAGACUGCUGAUUCCAAGACGGCCUCUGCUCAAAAAACAACUUCGAAGACUGCCACCAGCCCCGCGGCCACGAACAUUUCAGAUGCUGGUCAAACCGCGCCCGCUCAGACGCCCAAGACGAGCAGCACACCCCAGUCUAGCCAGAAGAAGCACGCCACCCCCAAGAACCGUAAGACCCCAACACAUCAGAAGAAGCAGAGCACUCCGCAAAGUAAUCGACCACAGCAUGCGAAGAAGAGUGCCAAGCGCACCGCCCCCGCGGAAAUCAGCUUCAAGGCGAGCCGUGCCCAAGUCCUAGAAGCCCAGCAAGCCAUCGAAGAAGCCUCUGCGGCCGCCGAUGCUAGCCGUGCUGCGAAAAUCUCUGCCGCUGGCAAACGUCACGUCAAAGAGCGCAAGUAUGUUCCGCCCCGGUGUCGCGUGGCCCUCCCCACAGCAAGACCAGUGCUCAUCGACCCCGAUGCACGCCUUGUCCCCUUUUGUAGGGCUGCUCUCAAGGCCAAGGCCAAGGCCCCGGAUGGUGAUGUGAAGCAAGCCUUUGCCGAGCUCGAAAAGACAGCACCCGUAGAUGCCACAGAACCAGACAUGGACAUGGCCGAUGACGAAGACAUUGAGGCUGGUUUCGAGGUUCCCCGACCGAAGCGUGCCAAACAGAGCCAAGGUUUGCACUUUCGACCAUCCCUGUGCCUGUCUAUGUACAUGCCCUCACGUUCUCGUGUUGGAUUCGAAAUUGGCGUAGCCCGCCCGCCUACCCACCAGCGUGAGAUCACCCGCAAGGUUGGCACCAAUCUAUCCGUUCAAGUUCUGAACAAUGAUGGCCCUGCGGCUCGUCAACCUAGUCGCAGCGCAGCCAAGUUUCUCGCCAUGAAAAGUGGCAGCAACGUCAACCGCUCCCGUGACAUGGUAAUGGUGGCGCGAGGUCGCCAGGGCUUGAGCCGUGAUUUUGGUGCCAAGAAGCAACAACGCGUGGUUGCGCGGCCCAGUGGACUCUGA